CUGAAACGUCCCCACACACGUAACCUGUAGCGUGCCGAAACGCCCGUGGAGUACUGCAAAAGCUGGAAUAACAAAUGAAUCUUUCGUUCUGGCACAGGUGCUACUAUUCUAAAGAAGUUGAGGAAGACGAAGAAGCAGGGUGAGUUAACACACAAAUGAAAGAACUUCACUUUCACUUUCACUUUCUAUUCUAAUCUUAUUUUAAUUAGCGGUCAUUAAGUUUCACUAAUCUAACCUUAAUUAUUACUGUUUGGUGGCUAACCACGAAAAAAAUAUUAAUUAAAAGGACUAUAAGAACUUGGGAUCUGGUUCGUUGUUUUAACAACUGGCGCUAUUGACCCUUCAACAAAAGGGCACUCCUCCUUUCCUUUGCUGCGUUUUCUUUCCCUUUUUAUGUAGAGAGCUAGCGUGUAUUACUGAAAAAAGCAACCACACCUCUGCCCCUGUCUCUGGGAUGAUAUUGAGCAUUGAAAGUCAGCUAGCGUGUUUAAUCGAGUUGUUUUCCGAUGGGCCAAGAAUUUCGAUAUCCCUGUACAAUAGAAAUUGGGAAAUUUCUAUGGUUUAUAGGAGUGAUAGUAGCUGUGGUGUUAACAUUCCAACAUUUUGAAUUGCCAUAUGGAAACAUUAUAUCAUCUUUGUCUUCUGCUCAAAAGGAUCUAGGGGCAGGAAAUGGUAGCUUGUUACCUCAUGGUGCCUCGUCAACACAUGAAAUGCUUAGCAAUGUGACUCAAUCAAAUGGUUUGAACUACACUGCUGGUGGUCAAGAGACUGGUGAUAAUCAUGGAACUGAAACCCCAGCAAAUGUAAAUAAUGGUGUAGUAUCAGAAGGAAGCAGAGGCAUGAAUGAGUCUUCUCUGGUGGACAGCCGGGGAGAGGAGUCUUCACUGGAUGAGUUGGUAGAUACAAAUACAAAUUCCACACUCUAUGUAAAUAAUGAUGUUGGAUCAGAAGGAAUCAAAGGCUUGAACGAGUCCUUGGGAAUAGACAACCAUGGAAGGGAAUCUUCACCUGAGCAGUUGCUAGAUCAAAAUGAAAAUUCCACACUGGAACUCAACCGUUCUGGUAAUGGAUCCGCUUCAAUAGAAACUGACAGAAGCCUUUCUCGAGAAAACAUCACUUCCACAUCAGAAAAUAUAGGAACCUCACAAGCUGGAAUUACACCCAUUGCGCCAGCAUUACCACCAGUGGAUUCCCCAUCUAAUAUAGCAAUCCCAAGGAAUGCAGAGCCUAGCACUUUAGCUCCUGUUGUUCCUGUUGAGUCGAAUACAUCUAAGACGGAUAAAGAUGCAUCACAUGGUUUAGAAAAUGAUGGGAAAGCAGGGGAACAGUUGAAUAAUUCUACUUCAUUGCAGAAUAGUACUUCUGUGACUUCUGUUCGUGAGGUGAAGAAAGAACCUCAUACGCCUUCCCCAGCAGUGAUUUCAAUUUCUGAGAUGAACAAUUUGCAGCUUCAAAGUUGGUCUUCUCCUAUUUCAAGAAGCCCACGAUGGCCUUCAGCAGUAGACCAAGAGCUGCUAAAUGCAAAAUCACAGAUUCAGAAGGCACCUCUUGUGGAGAUUGAUUCCAUGCUUUAUGCUCCUCUUUAUCGAAAUAUCUCCAUGUUCAAAAAGAGUUAUGAAUUAAUGGAGGACAUCCUGAAAGUAUAUAUCUACAAGGAAGGAGAAAGGCCUAUAUUACAUCAGGCCCCGCUCAAGGGUAUAUAUGCUUCUGAGGGAUGGUUCAUGAAACUGCUAGAGGCUAACAAAAAAUUUGUUACAAAAGACCCCAAAAAGUCCCACCUGUUUUACUUACCUUUCAGUUCUCGAAACUUGGAGGUAAAUUUGUAUGUUCCUAAUUCACACAGUCAUAAGAACCUCAUACAAUAUUUGAAGAACUACUUGGAUAUGAUCUCGGCAAAAUAUCCUUUUUGGAACAGAACUCGAGGUGCUGAUCAUUUUCUUGUUGCUUGUCAUGACUGGGCGCCAUCUGAAACAAGACAACAUAUGGCCAAUUGCAUUAGAGCCCUCUGCAAUUCUGAUGCUAAAGGUGGUUUUGUUUUUGGCAAAGAUGCAGCUCUCCCAGAGACGACCGUGCGAACACCUCAGAACCUUCUAAGAGAUCUUGGAGGCAAACCUGCUUCCAAGAGAUCAAUCUUGGCUUUCUUUGCAGGUAGCAUGCAUGGCUAUCUACGGCCAAUUCUGUUACAGCACUGGGGAAAUAAAGAUCCCGAUGUAAAAGUAUUUGGUAAAUUGCCUAAGGUCAAGGGCCGAGGCAAAAUGAACUACCCACAGUACAUGAAGAGCAGCAAGUACUGCAUCUGUGCAAAAGGUUUCGAAGUCAAUAGUCCACGAGUUGUAGAGGCCAUUUUCUAUGAAUGUGUUCCCGUGAUCAUAUCUGACAAUUUCGUGCCUCCAUUUUUUGAGGUUUUGAACUGGGAAUCCUUUGCUGUUUUUGUUCUGGAGAAGGACAUUCCGAACUUGAAGAAUAUACUCCUUUCAAUCCCGGAGAACAAAUAUCGUGAGAUGCAGAUGAGGGUCAAAAAGGUACAACAGCAUUUUCUUUGGCAUGCUAGACCUGUGAAAUACGAUAUAUUUCAUAUGAUUCUGCACUCUGUCUGGUACAACAGAGUUUUCCAAGUGCACCCAAGAUAGCCAAAAAAAAAAAAAAUUCUGAUAUAGAUGUUCAUUUCAUUGGAGGUAGCCUGAAAGAACCCCCUUGUGGGGAAUUGAAAACACAGAACAGGUCACAUGGACAGGUGGAAAUAGAUGAAUUCUUGUCUUACAUAGUUAUUACAUUUGUAUUUUUCUGUAGAUAGAUUUUGGCAAAAUAAAGUUGCUAUGCUGUAUAUGCCUCUCCUUUCCCUUGUUGUAAAGGGUUCUUCAUAUUCACUCACUUGAACAUGUAUCUGAUCUUGUUGAAAUUUACGGAUGAUAUCACAAUCUGAGUCUUCGCCUCA